AUGGAAAGUGGGGGUGAUGCCAGAGCGGCACCUCGGCGGAGCGGCAGAGGCGGCGGCCGUGGCGGGGUUCCAGCGGCUGCCGAGCCCGGCGCUCCCCCGGCCGCGGAGACCGGCGUGAACAUGGAUGGGCCCGGCGGCGGGGGGAGCGGGGCGGCCGCAGACACGGACGCUGCUGCAGCGCCGGCAGCCCCCGCGGCCCCCACCCCGCCUCCUCGCGGCCCCGGCUCCAGGGACCCCAAGCUGGUCCAUCAGCGGUUCCUGCGGAGGAGCGUGGUGGACUCGGACCAGGAGGAGCCCGCCUUCGACCUGCCCGAGGCGGAGCACCAGCGGAGAAUCAUCCUGCUCCCCAAAACCAGGAGGAUAAUCGCGGAGAGGGCGAAGGCGGGGCAGGGGGCGGCGGAGGCGGCGGGCCGGGAGGCCGAGUGCUCCGGGGAGCCGCGGGCAACGCCGCCCGCGGGCAGCACCGCGGGCGCCGAGGAGCAGAAGGAGCCAGGCAAGGAUGUGGAGCGGAGAGAGGCGCAGGAUGCUGCCAAGGACCAGGGCAAGGCUAAGAAAGAGGAGCCCGAGGAGGAGGCUGAUAUGAAAGCGGUUGCCACCUCGCCGGAUGGCAGGUUCCUAAAGUUUGAUAUUGAACUCGGGCGGGGAUCCUUCAAAACGGUCUACAAGGGUCUGGACACGGAGACGUGGGUCGAAGUCGCGUGGUGUGAACUGCAGGACAGAAAACUCACAAAAGUAGAGAGGCAGAGAUUUAAAGAGGAAGCAGAAAUGUUGAAAGGUCUACAGCACCCAAACAUCGUGAGGUUUUAUGACUUCUGGGAAUCCUGUGCAAAAGGCAAAAGAUGCAUCGUGCUGGUUACCGAGCUGAUGACCUCUGGAACACUGAAGACGUAUCUGAAGAGGUUUAAAGUGAUGAAACCUAAAGUCCUGCGGAGUUGGUGUCGGCAAAUCCUGAAGGGUCUUCUUUUCUUACACACAAGAACUCCACCAAUAAUUCACAGAGACUUGAAAUGUGAUAAUAUUUUUAUUACUGGACCAACUGGAUCUGUGAAAAUAGGAGACUUGGGUUUGGCAACACUCAAAAGAGCUUCAUUUGCCAAAAGUGUCAUAGGUACACCAGAAUUCAUGGCCCCAGAAAUGUAUGAGGAACACUAUGAUGAAUCUGUGGAUGUCUACGCAUUUGGAAUGUGCAUGCUGGAAAUGGCUACCUCAGAAUACCCUUACUCAGAAUGCCAGAAUGCUGCUCAAAUCUACCGAAAAGUAACCUGUGGUAUAAAGCCAGCAAGCUUUGAGAAAGUUACCGAUCCUGAAAUUAAGGAGAUAAUUGGGGAGUGCAUCUGCAAAAACAAAGAAGAAAGAUAUGAAAUUAAAGAUUUAUUAAGCCAUGCGUUUUUUGCUGAAGAUACUGGGGUAAGAGUGGAACUUGCAGAAGAAGACCAUGGUAGGAAAUCCUCUAUUGCCUUAAGACUCUGGGUAGAAGAUCCUAAGAAACUGAAAGGAAAACCCAAAGAUAAUGGAGCCAUUGAGUUUACUUUUGAUCUGGAGAAGGAAACUCCUGAUGAUGUUGCACAAGAAAUGAUUGACUCGGGCUUUUUCCACGAGAACGAUCUCAAGAUCGUGGCCAAGUCCAUCCGUGACCGAGUGGCACUGAUCCUCUGGAGGAGGGAGCGCAUCUGGCCCAGGAUGCAGUCGGAGGAGCGCCGUGACUCGGAGUGCCUGGACAAGCUGAAGGCACCGCAGGCACAGCAGGUCCAGGUCACCUACCUGUCCCACACGGGCCACCACAUCCUGUCAGAGCCUGAGGAGCCGGAGGCGGACCAGCACCCCUUCCAGCAGAACCUGCCCACCAGCGUCACCUCUGUCGCCUCUGACAGCACGUUUGACAGUGGCCAGGGCUCCACAGUUUAUUCGGACUCGCAGAGCAGCCAGCAAAGCGUCAUCUACUCAUCCCUGCCAGACGCUGUCCCUCCUGCCAUCCAGAGGGUGUACAGCCCCCCACUGAGCGAGGGCCAGCCUGUGCCCCACAGCCUCCCCCAGCUUGGCCACUACCAGCAGCCCUCAGCACCCGUCCUGCCUACAGUGCCAGCCACACCCGCCGUGGUGCCCCAGCACUACCAGGAGCCAGCAAUGCCGUUCCCCGUGGUCCCCAGCACCGUGGCCUCGCUCCCGCUGGGGCAGCCGCCGCCACCCGUGCUGGCCAGCCAGCAGCAACAGCCCAUCUCGCAGGCAGCCUCCCUGCAGCAGGUGCUCAGCAGCCAGCCCGUGUGCCCGCUGCCGCCAGCCCCCCACCUGCUGCCGCCGUUCCCGGCGCAGGGCUCGCAGGUGCCUGCCAGCAACACCCCCCUGAAGCCCCUGCAGAUCUCCACCGUGCCGCAGCUCCCACCAGUGGCCCCUUCCCAGAUUCCUCAGUUUCCUGUCAUUCCUGCAAUUACUCCUCUGGCAGGGCUUGACAGCCUUCCUCCAAACCUGUCUGACAUCCCUGCUGCAAACGUGCCCCCCAUUCCUGCUCCCUCCCAAUACUUUGCUCCAGCCGUGAUCCUGCCCAGCCUGCCCAUGAACCCCACGCUGCCCAUGGCGCCCAACUCCCCUGCCCUGCCCAUGCAGGCCGUCAACCUGCCUCAUACCACCGUGGCUUCUCUGGUCCUGCCCUGCCAGCCCAUGGUGCCAAACAUGCCGGCGGCCACCAUCCCGCUGCUGGCUGUGGCGCCGCCAGGGGUGCCACCGCUGCCGCCGCACGCCGCGCUGCCGCCGCAGCCCGUGUUCCAGCCCGCCUUCCAGCCACUGCUGCCCGGCGACACGCCCUCGCCCCACCACGCACAGAGCUCCCAGCCCGUGACCCAGGCACAGCCACCUCCUCCAGCCCUGCAGCCGAGUGUCAUCCACCCUCCUGAGCCGGCUCACCAGCCCAUGCCUGGACACACUCAGUUUGCUCUGGAAGCUGGAGCCCAGGUGCCUGUGCUGCCAGUGCAGCCCUCCAUGGUCAUGUCACCGCCGUUGCAGCUGCAGCCGGAGCUGGUGCCGCCCUGCGUCGCUCCCGAAGGCGUUGCCCAGGUCCAUGGCAGCCUUGCCACAGCUGCCCCGCCUGCCCCCAUAGAGCCUGGCCUGCCUCUCCAGCCCUCUGCUCUGCUGCAGCUCCAGCCUGAUCUUUCGCAGCCACUGGGCCAGCAGCUCCCAGCUCCCUGCUCGGCUGUCGCAGCAGGCACAGAGACAUCUCAAGAGGAGCAAGCAAUACAGGACAAACUCCAAGCUCUGUCCCAGAGUUGCGAAAGCUACAUGAGUCCAGAUGUUGCUUCUGGCAAAGAGAUGAGUGACAGCUUGGAAGGAGCAACAGGAAGUGGAAAGCAAGAAGGAAAGUCUUCAAAGAAGCAUAAGAAAUCCACGCGUGCUCGUUCGCGCCAGGAGAAGUCCAACAGACCCAAACUGACCAUAUUAAAUGUGUGUAACACAGGGGAUAAGAUGGUGGAAUGCCAGCUUGAAACCCAUAACCACAAAAUGGUGACGUUCAAGUUUGACUUGGAUGGUGAUGCGCCGGAGGAGAUUGCCACUUACAUGGUGGAGAAUGAAUUCAUCUUGCAAAGUGAAAAAGAGACUUUUAUUGAACAAAUGAAGGAUAUCAUUGAUAAAGCAGAAGAUAUGCUCAGUGAGGAUACAGAAGGAGAACGAAGUUCUGACCAGGGAACAAGUCCCCAACAAGAUGCAGAUAGGCUGGAAAUAAGCGAGGAGAAGCGUCAGUCUCAAAUGAAGACAUCUGUGUAUCAGCAAAAUGUUUUGCAUACCGGAAAAAGGUGGUUUAUUAUAUGUCCAGUGGUUGAAAACCCUACUACAGAUGCCCCUGAGUUUUCUCCCCCGGUGCCUCCCAGUGCCCAGCAGACAGAAGGGCCAGACCCGGAACAGUCAGAUGACCAGCCGGUGAGCUCUGCGGUGACAGAGGCACCUGGGCUCGGGGCUGGCCAGCAGCUUCCCCUGCACACAGGGGUCAGUGACAGCCCCCUUGGAGCCACCCUGUCCUUGGCAACGGCUCCUGCUACAGCAGCUCCUGCCAGCAUAGCAAGCCAGCCAGAGUUCCCGGCGCCAGCCGCGCUGGCAUCUGCCCCGAGCAUCGCGGAGCCCGUGGUGGCCAGCGGGGGUCAGCCGGAGUUCCCCCAGCCCGGCCCCCCGGCCCCCCGAGCCAUGGGGCUGGAGGAGCCCGCCGAGGCCCCGGCCCCGCACCUGCAGCCGCAGGCGGACGAGCCGGCCUGCGUGCCUGACGUGGAGAUUGCCUGCUGCAGCGUGGGCCCACCCGCGGCCGUGCCAGCGGCUCCGGGGCCGCUGCCUCCGGACGCCGCGGUGCUGGAGCGGCAGCCGGCGCCGCAGGGGCCGCACCUGCUGGAGGGCAGCCAGCCCGGAGCGGGGCCCUUCGGCAGCCAGCCCUUCCCCGCGGCCGCUGGCCCCGACGCCCUGGCCUUGGCGGGGUCCCAGCUCCAGAGCCCCACGCAGGUGCCGCUGGCCACGUCCCAGCAGCUGCCGAUGGUGCAGGGUGGCACGGGGAUGGCCGGGGCAGGGGUUGGCCUGCUCCAGCAGCAGAACCCCCCCGGCGCGGCCGAGUCCGACGGCGAGGGCCCCCCCAGGGUGGACUUCGUGGACAACACGAUUAAAAGCCUUGAUGAGAAGCUGCGCAAUUUGCUGUACCAGGAAUAUGUUCCAACUUCUUCGGCAUCAGCAGGGACGCCAGACACCUCUGUGCCACCUGAACAGGGCGACAGUGAAUUUACCUUAUCCCCUUUUCCUGAAGAGCAAGCUCCUGCCCCAGCAUUGGAUGGGAGAGAACCAAGCUAUAGCAUCCCGGACACCGGCCAGGAGGUGAAAGCUGCUGCUGAGCCGCUUGUGCCCCUCGUGCCCUCAGAGGCCUUGCCUUGCCCACCGCUGUUGAACAAGCCAGAAGUCACUGGUGUGAGUGCUCAUCCCUCAGAGGCAAGAGGUCCAGCCACAAGCAUCGCUUCAGCUCCUGCUGCUCCAGCAAAAGGCCUCCUUCAGGCUGCACCUUCAUCAUCAGGCACAGCUCCACAGAUGGAGACUUUCCAGAGGAGUGAGGAGGCAGAGAGGACAGCUUCGCCUGCACACGCAGAGAGCGUAACGCGGAGAGUGACAGCAGAUGGGGUGAUGAGUAACUUCCACAGGGAUGGUUCUCCAGGCUCUGGUUCCUAUGGAAAACAGGCUGAGGCUCAGGAGAGUGGCACGCCAGCCAAAACCAUUGGCAGGUUUUCAGUCAUCAGCACGCAGGAUGAAUUAACUUUAGCAGCACCGCACUGCUUGAGGUUCUCGGCCCCCCCGGACGUGUACCUGGACGAGCUGCCCUCCAGCCCGGACAUGAAGGCUGCUGUCCGCAGGGUCCAGACGGCCUCGUCCGUGGACGUCCUGUGCGACCAGGCCUCGAGCGACUCCGCUGACGAGCCCUUCCCGCGGCAGCCGGCGGCUGCUGCAGCUGCACAGCUCUCCCCCGCCAGCAGCAGCACAGCCACAGACUUAAUCAAAAAAGCAGCUGCUUUUCUGCAGAGGUCUGCCAAAGGUGGCUCCCCUGGCCCAGAGUCACCCAAUGGGCAAGGUGCAAAGAUUCCUACGAUCAACAUCACGUCCUUCCACUCACAGUCGUCCUACAUGAGCAGUGACAAUGACUCAGAGUUUGAAGAUGCUGAUAUGAAGAAAGAGUUGCAGAACCUGAGAGAAAAGCAUAUGAAAGAGAUUGCUGAGCUGCAGACGCAGCAGAAGAAUGAGAUAGAGGCACUGUAUAUUCGCCUGGGGAAACCCCUUCCUCCCAACCUGGGCUUCCUUCACUCUGCCCCACCAAGCAGCCGGCGCCGAAGAACCAGCAAAAACAAAUUGAAAGCCGGAAAGCUCUUAAACCCUCUGGUCCAGCAGCUCAGGAGUGGAACAUCAAGCACAAGUAACCUUUCAGACUCUAAAGACUCGCCCCACAGAGAAAGCAGUAACUCUCAGCCGGGUUUCCCCGAAGCCGCCGCGGUGCCUCCCGGCGCAGCGCCCGCCCUGGGCAAGGCUGUGCAGACCCAGCAGCCCUGCUCUGUCAAAGCCUCUCUGUCCUCCGACAUCUGCUCCGGCCUGGGCCCUGACGCAGCUGACGCCAACGCAGGCUCUGGCCAAGGCUGGACGGUUUUCCACCAAACGUCUGAGAGAGUGACCUAUAAAUCUAGUAGCAAACCUCGUACCAGAUUCCUCAGUGGACCUGUGUCUUUGUCCAUCUGGUCCACCUUGAAACGACUAUGUCUAGGCAAAGAUCACAGUAGUAGAUCCUCGACCAACAGCCUGGUGACAUGUCCUGAGCCCCUCCCGCAGUCGACGUUGCAGGUUCAGGCCAACAACAGUAACAACAAGAAAGGGACGUUCACAGAUGACCUGCACAAGCUGGUGGACCAGUGGACGAGCAAAACUGUUGGAACUGCACAGACAAAACCUUCUUUAAACCAACUGAAGCAGAACCAAAAAAGGCAAGACAUGGAGCCAAAGGCUAACCCCAUGCAAAUGCAGAAUGAGACAUGUGGAAUUCUGAAAAUGAGACCAUCAGUGAGUGACACGUGGCCCCCACAGCUACGGUGCCAAGCGCAAGGCCCUGCCGCGGCCAAGGAGGAGGAAGAGGAAGAUGGGAAAUGAUUUAUCGUGUGUGAGGAAUUCUGUGCUGUUCUGGUCCAUUCAACGCUAUUUUGUAACUUCUUUCUAAUAAUUUUUUUAUUUAUAGUUGGAAAUACAAAACUGUUAUGCAAUAAAAAAUAAAGGAGAAUUAUUUUGGGGGAAAAGGA